AGGCCUGGUAAAUAAAAAAUUCAAUGUAGUCUGUUAAAGAUUUGAACCUAUGCUUCCCCUAUUUAUUUCCAGAACUCUAGCAGCUGCAACCAUCCAAUAUCCAUCUGUCUGUCGGUGUAUCUAUAGGUUCUCUUAUUUGUUUCAUGGGCUUUUAAAAACUUACUUGAACUUUAAUUUGCAGCUUGUAUUACUUUGUAAAGAGGAAAAAGCUAAUGUUAAAAAUCAAUCAAUAUAAACAAUUCAUUCCACUAAGGGCAUCAGAUUCCAGCAACUUGCUAUCUUACAUGCUUACUUAGAUCUUGAUACUAAAUGUUUCUGAUUUACUUACCUUUCUCAGUAAAGUAUGGUCGAUUUGACCCAGAAGAUCGACGGAGCAGGCACUGUCCAUACCUGGACACCAUAAACAAGAGCGUCCUGGAUUUUGACUUUGAGAAGCUGUGUUCAAUCUCACUCUCUCAUAUCAAUGUCUACGCUUGUUUGGUGUGUGGGAAAUAUUUCCAGGGCCGGGGCCUGAAGUCACAUGCUUACAUUCACAGUGUCCAGUUCAGUCAUCAUGUGUUCCUCAACCUUCACACCUUGAAGUUCUAUUGCCUGCCGGACAACUAUGAAAUCAUUGACUCUUCUCUUGAAGACAUCACUUAUGUGUUGAAGCCCACCUUCACCAAGCAGCACAUCACCAACUUGGACAAACAGGCCAAACUGUCACGCGCCUACGAUGGCACUACAUACCUGCCAGGCAUUGUUGGACUGAAUAACAUAAAAGCAAAUGAUUAUGCAAAUGCAGUUCUCCAGGCAUUGUCAAAUGUCCCACCCCUGCGGAAUUACUUUCUGGAGGAAGAGAAUUACAAAAAUAUUAAGCGCCCUCCAGGGGAUAUCAUGUUUCUGCUGGUUCAGAGGUUUGGAGAACUCAUGAGGAAGCUGUGGAAUCCCCGGAAUUUCAAAGCUCAUGUCUCUCCCCAUGAGAUGCUGCAAGCUGUGGUUCUGUGCAGUAAGAAGAACUUCCAAAUCACCAAGCAAGGUGAUGGAGUUGACUUCCUUUCCUGGUUCCUGAAUGCCUUGCACUCUGCUCUUGGGGGGACAAAGAAGAAGAAAAAGACCAUUGUAACAGACGUCUUCCAGGGCUCCAUGCGGAUAUUUACCAAAAAAUUACCACACCCUGAUCUGCCCGCAGAGGAAAAGGAGCAGCUACUCCAGAAUGAUGAGUAUCAAGAAAAAAUGGUGGAGUCUACCUUCAUGUACCUGACCCUGGACCUCCCCACUGCCCCCCUCUACAAGGAUGAGAAGGAGCAGCUCAUAAUUCCACAAGUGCCGCUUUUCAACAUAUUGGCCAAGUUUAACGGAAUAAUGGAAAAGGAAUAUAAAACAUACAAAGAGAACUUCCUAAAGCGCUUCCAGCUCACCAAGCUCCCUCCUUACCUCAUUUUCUGUAUCAAGAGGUUCACCAAGAACAACUUCUUUGUGGAAAAGAAUCCCACCAUUGUCAACUUUCCCAUCACGAACGUAGAUCUCCGAGAAUACCUCUCUGAAGAAGUGCAGGCUGUGCAUAAGAACACAAUCUACGACCUCAUCGCAAACAUUGUGCAUGAUGGUAAACCUGCUGAAGGAGCCUACCGGAUUCACGUCUUGCAUCAUGGCACAGGCAAGUGGUAUGAGUUGCAGGACUUGCAGGUGACAGAUAUCCUCCCCCAGAUGAUCACGCUGUCUGAGGCUUACAUCCAGAUCUGGAAAAGGAGAGAAAACCAAGAAGAGAGCCACCAGCAAGGAACAUGAAAAAGGAACAGGCCCAGCUAGAGGUUGGAGCGUUGCUGCAGAUGGAGGGUUCCAAACACGGGUUGCCUGGGCUGUUCUGGGAAGCUGGUGAACCUUUAGAAACCGUGUCCAGUUUUGUUUCUCUGUCAGUGGAGGUUCCUUACUGGCACUUCGGCCUUGAUGCAGGAGCAGCAGCAGCAGCAGCAGCAAGUAGGCUGGUCUUCACUCCUCUGGGCACCACUAAUGCAAUCCUGUUUCAUCCUCCACUUGGAGAAGGUCUUGUGGGGGGGAUGGACAUUUCUGCUCCUCUCUCUGCAUUAAACUUUUUUUUUCCUAAAUGUUUAUUUUUCCUAACGUUGCUGUUUUCCUGUUCUCUUCUUCCCUCGUGCCCCCAAAAACACUUGCUUCAAACAAGGCAAGCAUCCCACCCAGAGGGGGUAUGUGUUAGGGACUUUCACAUUAUUCAGAUGCUGCUUUUGGUAAUAAAGGAACAAGCACGCACACGCUCAGCAGGAACAGGUUCUUUAAGGAUAUGCAGAAACAAAAAUCUAAACAGCAACAAAAUGUAUUGUUAAAAAGAGCUCCAUGUGUUCAUGCUAUAUUCACCUCACAUACCCACAGACAAGCCCUCUAUAUCAGGUUGAUCAGGCACUGCCAAAGGGGAAUGGGAACCAUCAGGUGUAGAUCACACAAGAUGGACAGAGGGAUGAGGAGGCUCUGGGCCUUUCAGAACCUCGGCUACUUUGCAGUCUGUAUGGCUGGGCAGACGUCUGCUGUUGACUCCCAGCCAGGAGAAGGGAAAAUUGUUUUGGCAACCUUGGCUUUCUGCCCAGAAAUUCUGAGAUGUUACAUAAGCCUUCUCUGAAUAUGUCACCCAGCAGCGGCUCUGAUGAAACCCCUCUUCCCCACCGUCAUGCCUGCACUGCACAACAUUGGUUUUCAAACUUUGUAUGUAUGUAUGUAUGUAACCACACUCUUUGGAUCCUGUUCAGGCAUUGAGGUUUCUGCUUUUCCUGUUUGUUACUCUCCUAAGCCAGGGCUGCACAACCUUUUCCAGGACCAGACUUGGAUUUUGAGCAGUGCACUGGAGAUCCUGUGAGCCAGGAUCAGAACAGAAAGAAAAAAGAAAUUUAAAAAAUACUGCUAAGGAGACCAAUGUUCAAGUCUCCACUGAACCCUGCUGCUCACUGGAUGAUGUUGGGCCAGUACUUCUCUGUGUGUACUUUUCUAUCAGAGAAAGCCAGGGGAAAAAGCCUCCUUGUGCUCCAGUUGCAAAAUGUGACCCUCAAGCCCACUGUUUCCUAUCAGGAGAAUAAUACACCCCUAUUGGAAGACCCACACUGGUUGCUUAUUGUUCUCUGGCUUAAUUUAAGGGGACGGUUUUAAUGUUUCCUACCCUAAAUUAUUUGAAGAACUGCGUAUCCCAAGGUUGACCAUGCCUGAACAGUGAGGUCAGCGGGGUGUGUGUGUGUUUUUAAAGAUUUUCUGGAGUCGAUUCAACUAGCACUUGGGAGGGUCUGGAUAGUUAGCUACCAUGAAUGUUCUUUGGGUAGAAAUGGUUAUAAAUCAAAUAAAUGACAUAUAAUAAUUGUGCCCUGCCUUCUCAGGGAAGGGGUGGGAUAUAAAAUAAUAAAAUCAAUACAUUAUA